AUGAACAAAAGGGGAAACAAUAAUUCACAUAACCAAUGGUCGUUGUAUGUAUCUAAACUUAAAAGCUGUAAAAAGCGCCGAAAAGAAUAUUGUCCAAUAUGCCAGAAGAAGAUUUUAGUACUUCACUAUAAUAAGCACGUAGAGCAAUGUUCAAGAAUUUCCGAAUUACGGGCCAAGAUGUAUAACGAAGACGUGGCAAAUAUGAAUAGAAGUGAUGAAUGUGCAAUAUGCCUGGACAGUAUGGAAUGUGGACAGAGGAUAGCUCGACUAAAGUGCUUAUGUGUAUACCAUAAGGCUUGCAUAGACUUAUGGUUAAACAAGAAUAUAUGGUGCCCGAAUCAUCCACCCCCAUGAUAUUAUGACCAAACUUAUUGAACUAAUAACAAACUACAUGGCAAUGGAAAUGUACCAUUAUAACACUGAACAAUCAAGAAACAUAAAUUUGUUUGUUUGUACCAAUAAUACUUAAUCGAAUCUCAAAAAUAAAAUAAUUAAUAAACCUAUUAAAUAAUUUAAGAUUUAGUUUUAAAAUUGGAAAUUUAAGUUAUGUUUUACAUUAAUAAAACAGUAUAUAUUAUCAAAAAACUAAUA